UGGGUCAGCUCUUGGGGUGCCUGUGCCCCAGCACCCAGUGGGUGAACUCUCGAGGUGCUGGGUGCAGCAGCAUGCACCCGAAAAAAAAUGGGGUUCUCGGUGGGCACACGGCCAGCCCCACGGCAGGUCUCCCGUGCAGGCGGCGCUGGGGUGCCGAGCGGCGCAGGUGCUGAUGCAGUACUGCAUCCUGGCCAACCACUACUGGUUCUUGGUGGAAGCUGUGUACCUCUACAAGCUGCUCAUCGGGGCUGUCUUCUCUGAGAAGAAUUACUACAGGCUCUACCUCUACCUGGGCUGGGGGACCCCCGUGGUGUUCGUGGUGCCCUGGGUGGCUGCCAAGUACCUGAAGGAGAACGCGGAGUGCUGGGCGCUGAACGAGAACAUGGCUUACUGGUGGAUCAUCCGCAUCCCCAUCCUGCUCGCCUCCCUGAUCAAUCUGCUCAUCUUCAUGAGGAUCCUCAAGGUGAUCCUGGCCAAGCUCCGUGCCAACCAGAAGGGCUACGCGGACUACAAGCUGCGACUGGCCAAAGCCACCCUCACCCUCAUCCCCCUCUUUGGGAUCCACGAGGUUGUCUUCAUCUUUGCCACGGAUGAGCAAACCACAGGCAUCCUGCGCUACAUCAAGGUGUUCUUCACCCUCUUCCUCAACUCCUUCCAGGGUUUCCUGGUGGCUGUGCUGUACUGCUUUGCCAACAAGGAGGUGAAAUCUGAGAUGAAGAAGAAGUGGCAGCUCUGGAAGCUCGACCACCCAGCGCUCUGCUGUGCCCAGUGA